UUGGCGCUUAUGAAAUGGAGAGGUUCAUUAUCCUGUGGCGCCACCGCGUAUCUUACCAGUAGAGGAAGAGCACACAUCGCCGACGAUGGUAGGCGGCGGCGGAGCUGAUUGCAUGCUUAGCUUGAGGGUUUCUUCUCUGUCUUCUCCGUUUUGUGGUACCGGUUUGAAGUGGAAUCCGCCAAGGAGAGCGAAACCGGGUAGGGUCAUUUCGCGCUGCAAAGCGAGUCUGAUCAUGGAUCCUGAUUCUUUCCAAGUAGGUAGGCUUAUCGGUAGCUAUGGAUUCAUGAAUAUCACCAGUUACUCGGGGCCGCAAGCUGGGAUGGGGAUGGAAUAUUGUUCAUCAUCUCCAGAAGAUGUUGGGCGAUUAAGAAUCCAGGAUGUUGGAGAAGGAAAUGUCAAAAUUAGACUUUAUGAAGGAAGAGUAGCUCAAGGUCCACUUAGAGGUACACCAGUUAUUUUUAAGGUCUAUCCAGGUAAACAAGUUGGCGGUACUGAAGCUGAUUUGAUGGCAGCAAAUGAGCUGAAUGCUCAUGCUUCCCUUCAAAGUAGUUAUAGAGGCAUCUGUGAGAAUAUUCAAAUACUUAUUGGAGGAUUUGAGAUGAAGACAGGAGAGCAGUGGCUUGCUUUUAGGAAUGAUGGGAAAUAUACUGCUGCUGAUUAUGCAAGAAUUGCAAGUGAGAAAAUGCCAAAAAGUGAUGGUGUAGGAAAACAGAAAUUUUGGAAUCCUUUUGAAAAUGAUGAAACCAUAAAGCGUAGAAGAUAUUUUGUUACAAAGUUGCUUCGAGGUGCUAUGAAAGGCCUAUCCUAUAUGCAUGAUAAUGAGACAUUGCACCAAAGUCUUGGCCCUGCCUCUGUUGUUCUCAACACACUGGUUGAGAAAGAUGCUGCUUAUCUAGUUCCACGUCUCCGUGAUCUAGCCUUUUCAGUCGAUAUUAGAUAUUCUAAGAUUGAAGAAGGUCCACAGAUACUGUCAGAUGGACUAUGGAGACGAGCCUCUACUGCUGGAGCUUAUAGUCCCAUGGAGAAAAGAGCCUUUGGAAUCGCCGAUGACAUAUAUGAAGCUGGUCUUCUUUUUGCGUACUUAGCUUUCAUUCCAUUUUGUGAAGCAGGAGUCAUGGACAGUCUCACUUUACGAAGGCUUCUGGAAAAUACUUUUCAACUUGAUCUUGAAGCUAUAAGAGAGUAUUGUUUAGCUGAUGACCGAUUGUUAGAAGCUGUCAAGUUCUUGGAUCUUGGUAAUGGUGCUGGGUGGGAGUUACUGCAGGCAAUGCUGGAUCGUGAUUUCCGGAAGAGGCCAAUUGCAGAAGCUGUACUGAACCAUCGAUUCCUGAGUGGUGCCUUCCUUUGAGGUACACUUAUGAGCGCUAAUAGUUUGUAAAACCAAACAUCUUUUUCUACCUUUUCAGACUUGAACCUAUAUAUACACUUCAUAAUUUCUCUGUAAUACAUUUUUUUUUUCUGGCGAGAGAAGUCUUAAUUAAUUUGUUGUGGCAGUUUAACUCUUCUGUUGUAAUACAUUCAUCAUCAAUCAGAGAACAGUUCGAGAA